UAGGUUACUUUUGUUUAAAAUUCUAAAAUUAUAAAAUAUUUUUGUGAAAAUUAAAACAUUUUUGGUAAACAAAAUUAGUCAUGAUAUUUACAACCACCUAUCGUCAAGAUUUCAAUCCUCCAUUGACUCAACGUUACAAUUUCUUAAGAACCCAAAAAGAUGAAAAAGAUGAGAAAACUUCAUCAAAAGGUUGUGCUUGCAAUGUUGAUACACAAAUCUCUAUACCAGCUGCUGCUUUAGAUAAAUGUGAUUCCGUUGAAUGGAAUAGCAUGGCACCAGUUGGAAAACUGGUUAAUCCUCGACUACUACCAAGUCAAGGUCAAGAAUUUACUAAAAACGACAAAGCCGAUGGAUGUAAACAUGAUCAACCGAAUAGAUUUCUUAAAAUUCUUCGUACAUGCUAUCCGGAUUUGUAUGAAAGACUCAAAGCAACACCACCAAAAGAAUUAAAUCGUCGUUUAGAUAUGGAGAGAUUGAAAACAACUUAUCAAAUUGAUUAUGGUAAUGAAAAUGAAUAUCCUGAAGGAAUUUAUGAUAAUCUUGAUGGUGAUGGAAUUGAAGAAAAGAAAAACAAACAAUUAGAUGGAAUACUUGAAGAAGAAGAAGAUGCUUGUGCUAAAUUUAAAAGUGGUCUUACAAAAGAAAUGACAAAAGAUAAUUUAAAUGAUGAUGAAUGCCAACAAGGUUAUAAGCCUGUGAAAUAUAGUUUUGCUGAUAGUUCGAGAUUUAGUAGUUCGGGAAAUUUCUCACAUUGGGCAGCACCGCCAUUGAUUAAGAAAACAACAUUUAGCGAAUAUAUGGAUACGAUAAGCAAAACUGGAUGUGUAAUUACAAAGAAUAAUAUACACAGUCAUACGAAGUGUCAAAACGGAAAGAAUUGUAGGCAUAAAUUGAGGCAUACUUGUCCACUUUUGAAGUGAAAUUCAAAAUAAAAAAAUUAUUUGAAA